AUGAAGUCCUUUACCACCAUCUUCAUCCUCGCCAUUGCCACUCUCAGCAUAGCUGCACCAUCCCCAAACCCUCAAACCUUGAAAGAUGCGGAAUUCCAAGCCAAAUGUGAAGCAUCAUGCAAAUCCGUUUGCGGAAAGUUUGUUAGUAUUCCUCUACAUACCUUGAUCCCCCGCAUUCAGACAAUCUGGCUAAUCUGUGAUCUUCUCUUUGUUAGGGCCUUGAGCGAGCGUUUUGUCCUGGUGAUGAGAAGGAUACUGCCACCUGUACCUGCGGGACCAUUGGUACAUCCUCAUUCUCGAGGAAACCAUCAAACUAG